GUAAAUAAUAGGUGCGUGUGUGUAGUGUUGUUUUUGGUUGUGUUAUUUAAGAAAAUAUAGAUAAAUAUUUCAUGUAAAUCUAAAGUAAAGUUUCUGUUCCCCGCUACUUGUUAUCCUCUGCCUUCUUCAGGGAUUUAAACUUGUUAUGGUCUACAAGUACCUAAUCUAAUCACAAACAAAUCUUAUAAGUUCUGCCUUAUACUAAGGCACAGUAAGAAAAAAUGAAAGAAGAUGAUAAAUUUGACGUAAAGUACAACGCACAAUCUUACAAUAUAUAUGAAUUUUUAAAUAACCAUCCGGGGGGAUUAAAUUAUGUGCAAGCGUACAAAGAAAAAGAUGUUUCGAAGCCGAUGGGCUUAUAUGAACACUCCAAAGCUGCCUAUUACCUUCUAGAAGAAUAUUCAAAAGGAAAAAGGAGAGCAGAGGAAGAUUUAGAGAAUUUGGUAAAUUGGGACAAGCCCAUGUUAAGCCAGGUUGGUUCCUUGGGAACCAAAUACUACGAAUGGGUGACAUCACCGGUGGACAGACACCUUAGAAUAUUCGGAAAUCCUAUUUUGGAGAGUAUGACGAUAACUCCUUGGUAUCUAGUGCCUAUGGUGUGGAUACCUGUUUGUAUUUAUUUUGUGAUGGAAGGAACACGCCAUUACAUACAAAUUACAAAAGAUGCUAGUCCACAUGUGCCAGUAGUAUUAGCUUUUGUCAAUGGUGUUAUAAUGUGGACCCUUAUUGAAUACAGUUUACAUAGAUGGGUAUUUCAUAUAGAACCGUCUGGACAUUCGAAAGCCAUGAUUUAUUUUCAUUUUGCCAUUCACGGAUUACAUCAUAAAGUUCCAUUUGAUUCGAGGCGUUUAGUUUUCCCUCCAGUCCCAGCAGCUUUUAUACUUUACAUUAUUUAUAGCGUACUAAGCCUUGUUAUUCCCGAGUCAAAACAAUUUUUAACAUUGGCAGGCGGUGUAGCAGGUUAUGUUGUAUAUGACAUGAUCCACUUCUACCUUCAUCACGGAGCACCAAAGGAAAACAGUUAUUUUUAUCACCUAAAGCGAUAUCACAAUCAGCAUCAUUUCGCCCACCAUGACAACGGCUUUGGCAUCAGUAGUACAAUCUGGGAUAAAGUUUUUGGAACAGCUAUAAAAUUAAGAAAUUUAAAAAUUGGCAUCAAAUGGUGAAAUAUUUUAAAGCGCACAUUUUUGAGUAUUGAUUGCCUUAAGUGUUCGUCAUCUGUGUGAUUUUUCUUAGAAUACAAAGAAAAACCUUUGAUAUACUAUUAUUUUUUGAAAACUGGUUUUUAAGAAUUAAACUUUAUUAUUUUUAUUUUAAAGAA